AGCAAGACGGGAGGCUAGGUUUCUGUGGUCCCAACCUGGCCCCGCAGGGAGAGCAACGCACAAAGCCUCCUGUGUCCUUGGCUGAGUUGAGAGGCUGAGCAGAGUUCACUUGCGUGGGUUAAGGACCAGUUCCUGGGAGGAGAGAUGCUAGGCAGGGAGGCUACACAGGAGCUGGUGCCCACACAGGCCACAACACCCGCCUCACCGCUGGCACCUCUGGGGGAAGCCAGCUGAACUAUGUCUGUGAGCAGUGGAAGGAUGGGAACAUCCCUCACCCAGGAGAUCCUCAGCUCCCUGGGCCUUGCCAGCAAGACAGCAGCUUGGGGGACCCUGGGCACCCUCAGGACUUUCUUGAGCUUCAGUGUGGACAAGGAUGUUCAGAAGCUGCUGAAGGCCAUUACAGGCCAAGGUGUGGACCACAGCGCCAUUGUGGAUGUGCUGACCAAUCGGAGCAGAGAGCAGAGACAGCUCAUCUCUCGAGCCUUCCAAGAGCGAACCAAACAGGACCUAUUGAAGUCUCUGCAGGCAGCACUUUCUGGCCACCUCGAAAAAAUUGUGGUUGCCCUCCUACAACCCGCAGCCCAGUUUGAUGCCCAGGAACUGAGGACGGCCUUGAAGGCCUCAGGUUCUGCCGAGGAUGUGGCCUUGGAAAUCCUGGCCACCCGAGCAGCACCCCAGCUGCAGGAGUGCCUGGCAGUUUAUAAGCACGAUUUCCAGGUGGAGGCUGAGGAAGAUAUCAGAACUGAGACCAAUGGCAUCUUGCAGGACCUGCUCCUGGCCCUGAGCAAGGGGGGCCGAGAGAGAUACUCUGGAAUCAUUGACUACAACUUGGAAGAACAAGAUGUCCGGGCACUCCAGCAGACCGGAGGAUCCAGUAUGGCAGGUCAAUGGGUCCUGAUCUUUACCCAACGGAGUCCUGAACACCUUAUCCGAGUAUUUGAUCAGUAUCGGAGAAGCACUGGGCAAGAAUUAGAGGAUGCUAUCCGGAACUGUUUCCAUGGAGAUGCUCAGCAGGCUCUGCUCAGCCUCGCUUCCAUAAUGAGAAACACAGCCCUGUACUUUGCUGACAAACUUCACCAAGCCCUUCAGGAAACUGAGCCCAAUUUCCAAGUGCUGAUGCGAGUGCUCGUCUCCCGAAGCGAGACUGAUCUUCUAAGCAUCCGGGCUGAGUUCAAGAAGAAAUUUGGGAAGUCUCUGUAUUCUUCUCUCCAGGAUGUAGUCAGAGGGGAUUAUCACUCUGCCCUACUGGCUCUGUGCAGAGCCGAAGACAUCUGAGACCUUCUGGAUCCACCCUGACCUGACA